GUGCACCGCUUAUUCACGCGCUCCGUGCGCUACUUCCGAUAUAGUCCGCUGUUCUGGUUGAGAAGGCCAAAUAGCGACCACUGCGUGUCCAAGACGUGAUGUCUGCAACGUUACGUGUGCUGUACUCCUUGUCGAGGCCUGGCGCGCUCUCAGCCAGCUCACGCCUGGCGCGUCCGUUCAGUCUGUCCGUCCAGAGGGUGGGGUACAAGUAUGUCAAUGCCCAGGAGCUGCCUACAGACAUGAAGUCCAUCACAGACCGAGCAGCGCAGACGCUGCUGUGGACCGAGCUCUUCAGAGGUUUGGGGAUGACCAUGAGUUACCUGUUCAGGGAACCUGCCACCAUUAACUACCCCUUUGAGAAGGGCCCGCUCUCGCCCCGUUUCCGGGGGGAACACGCCCUGCGCAGGUACCCCUCUGGAGAGGAGCGCUGCAUCGCCUGCAAGCUGUGCGAAGCCAUCUGCCCCGCCCAGGCGAUCACGAUAGAGGCGGAGACUCGCGCUGACGGGAGUCGGCGGACGACGCGCUAUGACAUCGACAUGACCAAAUGCAUCUACUGCGGCUUCUGCCAGGAGGCCUGUCCUGUGGACGCCAUUGUAGAGGGUCCCAAUUUUGAGUUCUCCACAGAGACCCAUGAAGAGUUGCUGUACAACAAGGAGAAGCUUCUCAACAAUGGAGACAAGUGGGAGGCAGAGAUCGCUGCCAAUAUACAAGCCGACUACCUGUACAGAUAGACACACCGACCGACUGGCUCAGUGCCUGUGUGCUCCCUCCGAAACAGCACGCACAAACGCACACACACACACAAACACACACACACAUGCGCGCGCACACACACACACACACACACACAGUCCAGACUCAUAACAGACUGCAGUGUCUGACUGUAGUCCAGCUGAUUAAAGGACUCUGUACAGAAACCCAUCUCCCACAGGGCCUCAGGCACUUCUGUUCAGUUGUUCAAAAACAUACACACACACAAACACACUAUUCCCAGGGCUGUAUAAACAUUAAAUAUGUCUUUGUGAAAAUUAAAUUAAAAUUCAUGUAAUACAGUUUUUGUUUUUACCAAGUGUUUUGAAAGAGUGUGGUAGUAGCACCUGCCUUUAGGUCAAAGGUCCAAAGCAGUCUUGGUCCCUGGUGCACAGAUCUAUGGUGACCAGCAGGACCUGCACGCUGGGGCCCACUGGUGCACAGAUCUAUGGUGACCAGCAGGAACUGCGCGCUGGGGCCCACUGGUGCACAGAUCUAUGGUGACCAGCAGGAACUGCGCGCUGGGGCCCACUGGUGCACAGAUCUAUGGUAACCAGCAGGACCUGCCCGCUGGGGCCCACUGGUGCACAGAUCUAUGGGGCCCACUGGUGCACAGAUCUAUGGUGACCAGCAGGACCUGCACGCUGGGGCCCACUGGUGCACAGAUCUAUGGUGACCAGCAGGACCUGCGCGCUGGGGCCCACUGGUGCACAGAUCUAUGGUGACCAGCAGGACCUGCACGCUGGGGCCCACUGGUGUUUCCCUAUUCGGAAUUCUAGCUGUCUGGAGGGUCGUACGACACCAUCACAUGUGCAGACAAAGGGUGUACAGGAUAAAACAUUUUUGGAUUCAAAUAUGGGACGUCCUGGCUAAUACCAGACUGUUCACAACUCUGGAUAAUGUUAAUAAUACAACUGAGUGUAGUAAUAUCAUAUCCAUAUUAAAUUUGGGGCCAGGUAUGGGUCAGAUUAGUAUGUGAAAUACUUAAACUCUCUCAAUGCUGGUAAAGUUGCAAAACAUGUUUAUGAACCAAAACAUUCUUCAGAGAUUGUUUAAAUAAGUUUUUUUUGCUGAUUAUUGGUGAAAAGAGAUUUCUUUUAAUAUUGUGGUGUACUCUGGAUGAAUGUCCUGGUUCUAAAUAAAUACGUAUUUAUUAUAAUUA